AAUAAUUAAAAAAUGCUCUUAGAAAUGUUAGGUUAUAUUUAUAUUAUUUAAUUUGAAAUUAUUUCUAUAUUUAGCUAAAUAUUAAAUUAUUAUUAUAUGCUUCUAUAAUGUCGUUAUUACGAACAUUUGUGAAAGACCAAAUCUUCCUAUGUGCUCAACGUCUAACUAUUUCCACAAUAAGAUCCGCCUCCUCUGAAAUAAUAUCUGACGAAGAUGCUCCUGUAGAAAUGGAGAAUCCAUUUAAAAAGGAGAGGCGACAAUGCAUAUUAUGCAAGUUGAAGAUCACGCCAGACUACAAAAAUUACCGUCUUUUGUCACAGUUCCAGAGCCCAUAUACUGGUAGAAUCUAUGGUCGACAUAUAACUGGUCUUUGCAAAUCUAAGCAGGAAAAAUUGGAAACAGAAAUAACAAAAGCACAAAACUGUGGCUUUAUGCCCUAUUAUUACAAAGAUAAGACAUUUUUGAAAGAUCCAAAACUAUUUGAUCCUGAAAAUCCAAUAAGAUCACACAGAUUUUAGUACUUAUUUGAUAUUAAUUGAGUAGUGAAUAUUUCUGUAAGUUCAUAGAAUUAAUAAAUGUUUUG